AUGACAGACGUCGUGCCUGAAGUGGAAGAAUUCGGUCAUGAUGUACCGAUGGAUCCGACGAUGGAGCCUGAGGAUAGCGAGCACUCGGAGGAGCUGGAUAUAAGCGAAGCGCAGGACUCCGAAGGCCACGCGGAUGAUGCUGGAGAAGCUGAGGAUGACGCGAGCAGAUUUAAUCGGAAUGCAGAGCCUCGCCCUUCGACGCCGAAAUACGCUGUGGCGUCGUCGUCAAAAUCCUCUGCUCCGGCGCCGGUGACCUCAACAUUCGAUUGGGAUGCAUAUCUUCGUGAACAGAAAGCUGAAGCUGCUCCACCUGAAUGCUUCUAUCAGCCAGAAACACCACCGGAGAACAAGUUCCGUAUCGGGAUGAAACUGAUGAUAGCUGAUCCGAGAGUUACGAUUUUCACAUGA